AUGUUUCGAAACAGCCAUCAAGAGACGUCAAAUUUUGCAUCAGACGAAAGUGAAGAGAAAGUUGAAGAUACAAACGAUGAAUCAUUAGUGAAAAGAUAUGAAAAUGAAUUGGUACAUAUAACAGGAACAGAAAAUGUUUACGGGUUUAGUUCUUCAACAAGUGCAGAAAGAGUUUCGAAUAGUGAAUUGAUGGUUUUAGGAAAGGCUGUCACCGAAGGCAUUCAACGUUUGAAUAUUCAAGAAGAAACAGAAGAUGGUCCUUCUUCCGUCAUUAGUGACAAUCGAAUAGUUUCAGAGCCAUCAUUAUCACUCGAAACAUUAGUCGAAACUAUGCAACAACUCGAAGAUUCUCAGAGAACAAACUCGCAACCAAAUCAAACUCAACCUCUCACUUCAAAAUUCAUUCCCAAAGUAGAUCACAUACCACAUAAUGAUCCUCAAGAUUUGAAUUUACUUUCGGAUGCUUUCGGAUACAGCAGUGCUUAUUAUUGUUUCGGUUCUAAUGAAGAGAAUUUCCUUUCACUGGACUAUUCUGCACUUGCUACAAGUGGAGAUUCGUAUAAUGGUGAAGUGAUUUCAAAAGUUAUGAGAAAAUCCUUUACAAAUCAAUCAGUUGUUUUAAACGAAAGUCAACAAGCAAGGAGUGGCUUGGGAUUGGUAGAUACUAAUCAAAAUGUUGACACUUCUCCAUUCAAGGUUAGAUGUUUGGGUGGAAAUGAAGUAGUGGAACAUAUUAGAAUUGGUGCCUACAACUUGGGAGUUAUUACACGAAACCUUUCUAAUAACUUUUCUAAUGGAAACUCUAAAACUAACUGCUAUAUUUCUGGAUCUAACGAAAGAGGUCAAUUCGGCAGACCAAAAUCAUUUAAGGGAUCGAAUGGUCUCAUUAAAAUUGACCAUUUCGACAAGAAUAAUCUAACUUUGAAAGAUAUUGCCUUUGGCUCUUAUUUCACCUUAUUUCUAACUGAAUGUGGAAAGGUUUUCUCCUGUGGAGAGAAUGAAAAUGGUCAACUGGGAACCAAUUCUAUUUCCAACCAAUACGAAAUCAAACAAAUGCGUGUCAUUCAUCCAGAAACUAAACUAGAAGAAUUUGUUACUGACAUUGAAACUGGCGCCUUUCACACACUUGCCAAAACUUUGAGUGGAAACAUUUAUUCAUGUGGAUAUAACUGUUGGGGGCAGUGUGCCAUCUCUGAAAUUGAUGGAGAUGUCAUGGUUCCAACACUAAUUGAUAAAUUUGGAAAGGACAAGAUUGAGAUUGAAAGAGUUAUUUGUAUUGAACAUAAUACUUUCUUUAUUACAAAAGCAAAUCCAUAUUCUGAAAUUUAUGGUUGUGGAUUCUCAAAGAAAGGUCAAUUGGGAAAGGAUUUUGGAGAGGCAGUUAGAAAUCCAGUGAAACUGGAUUUUUUCACAGGGAAGGAUUUGAGUGUUAAGAGUGUGAAUGGUGGUUGGGGUCAUGUCUGUAUUGUAACUAAUGGAGGUCAAGUAUUCUCACAAGGAUUGAAUGAUUAUGGUCAAUUGGGAUUGGGUGAUUUAGAAUCAAGAAAAUCGCCAACUUUGGUUCCAUUCUUUGAUCAUCUUUACAAAAAUUGUAAACUUGAUAAGAUAGAACAAGUCAGAUGUGGAAGUUAUCAUUCUCUAUUCCUCACUCGUUCAGGAAAACUCUUUGGAUGUGGAUACAAUGAGAUGGGAUCCAUUGCCUUAGGAAAUGAACAUUCAUGGAUUUCCACACCAACCCUAAUUGUCCAAUUCCCAAAUUGCCUAAUUGGAGAACCAUUCUAUGAAUUGGAGGUUAAAACGUGGUGCUACACAACUUGCAUUCUUGUAAAGAAGAGAUUUAAGAGAAUUGAGAAUAUGUUUGGCAGGUUGAGGAAUUUAUUGGCAAAUGAAGAAUUUAAUUUUGGAGAUGUUAAGAUUAUUUCAUUGAAUUAG